UGGCAACAAAGGCAUUUCUGAAACUGAAAAAGGUUUAUUUAACAUCUAACAUGGCAGUGCAUAAUUCCUUAGUUCAAUGUUUAUCAAUUAUGUACAGAUUGCUAGCUGCUAUAUUUAUAUUUUUCACAAAUUUCUUAACUUAACAAUCGAAUGCCGUUGUUGAAAUGAAAUAUGGGAUACCAAACUUUAGAAAUACUUCGGCAGGGUGUUUGGGCAUCUUUUACUGGUGGUUGGUUUUACGAUCCGAGACAGGACCACUUUAUAAAUAUAGUUCACCUAUAUAUAUGGUUAAUUCUGUUAUGCCUUCCUUUUGGAUUGUAUAUGUGUUGUACUCCCUCUUUACUUUUAUGGAUAAUUUAUUGUUCAAUUGUUGCGGUGGUUUUUACUGUUUUAAAAGUUGUGAAUGUGCAGCUACACAAAAUGUAUGACAUUGGGGACUACUGUGAGGAGUCCAGUGACGAAUCUGCAAAGUCUGAUGAUAUUGAAAGAGAUACAGUCAUUUUACCAGAAAAUGUCCAAAAAAAAGAAACAGAGCAUAUAGAAAUGACUGUUUUAAACUCUCGCCGAGAAGGUGAAACUCCUCCUGUGCAAUGCAGCUCUCGCAACUCUUUCACGGAAGGUCCGAAUAAAAGCAACAUGUCCUCUCACGUGGACUCUAUGGAAUUGCUGAACAGGCUCAUAAUUUCACAAUUUGAUCCUAAACCUUGUGGAAGCACUAUAGAUUUAGAAGUGGAUGUUCACCAUCGAGAAAGUUCUGGAAGCUCAGGAGCUGCUUCAGUUAAACAAACAGCAUGUGAUGGUUCUCUCCAAGAAAAAGAUGCUAAAGACGCUCUUUCUUCGAGUCUAGUAGCUGAAGUAAUGCAACAAGUUGCAGCUUCGGAGGGUAGAGUAUGGACUGCAGAAGUUGCCAAGAAAAAUAUGCAAGAUAUGUCCUCUCUUAUGUUAGCAUUAAAUAGCAAUAAUGCCUGCCAAGAUCAAAUAGGCCAUUCUCAAGAUGCUGCGGUAUCUGCUAGCUCUGUGUAUAUCCUUUCAGAUUCUCAUCAUCAUACUAACUACUUGCCUAGCACUCUGAGCUUGUCAUCUAGUUCAAGCUCAGAAGCUUUAUUGAAGGGUACUGGAUCUGUAGAGCUAGGCUUUAUGUCCCAAGAUCCGAGCAUACGGGCUGCGGAAAUUGCCAGAAGCAGAAAUAGAAGCCAAGCUCGACAAGAACGAGACAAACGAGUCGUAAGAAGAGCUCACAGUGAGUUAGAGACGUGCCCAGAAAAACCUUCUCCUAGUGUACCACCCUCUCAUCCUGUAAGUUUAGAAAUGAUUGGAAGAAGCAGUAGUAGUGGUAGUGGAAUCGGCGUCCGACCCGUGAUGCCACUGCGAAGUGUAGAAUUUCUACGCCCUAGUUUUAGUGAAGCAAUAAAGCCUAUUGUUGAACUAAGUGAUGAGCAUCAGGCUUGUUGUGGCGAUAAUAAUCGGACCGGAAACUCCUCUAUUCCGUGCUUCGAGCAAUCUUCUCAGGAAGAAGAGAAUACGUCUGCAUCCAAUUGCUCGUUGGUUCGGCAUCGAUCGCUGGAAACUGCCAGCACGUCCAAGCACAUACGAACUUUUUCAGCUCGCAGUAGUAGGUCUUUAGGCUUGUCCGAAGACCACUAUUCAGACAGACAACUGUGCCAUCCCAUAUCCGUGUACAGUGAGAGCACUUCCAGUUUUAAGAGCCCUAGUGGGGAGAAACUCUUGCCAUCUAGUGUAGAGACUGAACUUUUAAAAACUGUGAAAGAUAAUUCUGCCAUUAAUUUUGUGAUUCAUUCAGUAGAAGAGCCUAAAAUAGAUAAAAUGGCCGGCAGCGAGGCAUCGUCUGUUUCCAGUGAGACACUAUCUAUAUCGAUUCCAGAUAGUAAUGAUAGUCAUUAUACUCUUGUGUACAAACCCUCCCAAGACUAUGAAAGGACUCAAAUCCCCUUUUUAACCUGGAGUGAUUCAAAAAGGUGCCCAUCACCUUCUCCGUCAGAUGAAAGCAGCAUUGCUGGAUUUGACUGGCUAUUUAAUACUGCCACUAAUGUAUUGCCAUCACAAUGUAUCAGCAAUGAUGAUGAUGAUGUUACAACUACAUUAAGUGCUGACAGUCAACUGUUGCGAAGUAAUUUUGAUGGAAACUCUGACAGUACAAUCUCAUCUCCAGAUGAGACAACUCCUCUCGAAACAUCUUCCCGUAGAUCUCAAGGUGCCAUCCCCAAAUAUAGAAGAAACGAUACUUCAUCAAAGGAAAGAAGUACCAAGCAAACUUUACAAGGUCCCAUGUCACCAGCAGAAAAAAUUCUUCUGAGUCAACGCUUGCUAGAGAUAUUGAGUAAAACUGACCCUAAUGAAUGUGAACAUGAGCUUCGAAAGUUAAAACAAGAGUUAGACAUGAAAAGGAAAUUGCCCCCCAGCUGUAGUGCUCAAACUUCAGAAAGUAGUCGAACCAAAGAAGCCUCUCUCCCUAAGAGAUCUAAAGUUGUGGCCAGGAGGAGAAGGACGCCGGAUGGUCUUCCAGAAGCAUCAUCUUUGUUGCCUGGAGCAACAGAUGAUGGGGAGGAUAGCGGCAGUACAAGUUGGAUGUCCCCCAAAAAGAUAUCCACUCAAGGUCCUCCUGCAUAUCUUCUUGCCAAUUUGCUUUCAACUCCUGGUACACACCUUGCAAGCUCUCAUAAUGACACAUCACCUGGAGCUAUUCAUUGCUUCCAAGAUGAGCAUGGAAAUUGGUUAACCUAUACAUUUGAUGAAAACAGCACUGGAAUUGCUAGGGGUCUAAGUACGGCUGCUGAUGUUAAACUUUUGGAGUUCAUGAUGGAUUCUAAAUGGGAAACAGCUUCCCACUCAUCCUCCAGCUCGCGUUCGACCGUCAUUCUAGAGAGUCCUGCCUCUGUCUUGCACUCCAACAAAGGAAUGAGUCCAAGAAUUUCAUCUUUAGACUUUCCUGCACAAGGACCUCAUUUAGUGCAUUCUAUUAGAGGGGGUACCUACAGAAUAGAUGGAAAUGGAGAAUACACAAGGACUAGAUCCAUAAGAGCCCCCACACAAACAAGUAGACACUCGACAACCGUUAUUCCUGCUACACUCUCCAAUCUCUCCCAAGCAGCCAGCUCUCAGGCUGGGACAGACACAGAUGUCGGGUGUGCAGGAAUACGCUUCUCUGACAUGACAAGAAUAAGACCGCCAAAACCCAAGCACUACUAUCGUUAUUGGGUGCUUCCUUUUAAGUUUAUUAAAAUACGAUUUGAUCGUCUUGCUCUGUUGGCCCUGCUGGACAGGAACCUUACAGUGACUGAAAAUGUGAUAUCUAUAAUACUGGCAGUGCUGGUAGCUGCCCUUGGUGCUUUAAGUCUCUCUAGAAAUAUGUUUGAAGACAUGUGGUCUUUUAUCUUUUGUUUUAUCAUCGCUAGUUGUCAAUAUACUUUGCUCAAGAGUGUGCAACCAGAUGCAGCUUCUCCUACUCAUGGAUACAACAGAGUGAUAUUGUACAGUAGACCUGUUUAUUUCUGCAUUUGUUGUUUGCUUUUGAAUAUGUUGCAAACAAGUAUUGACUACAGAUUGACAUUACCACCAGUUACACUCUAUGGGAUCGCUCUCCUCUCCACUGAUCUUAUCAUCAAAGCCAAAGAUAUAGUUGUCCUUUUUGUGUUAUUUUUUCCUGUGAUCUUCAGUUUGGGAUUAUUGCCCCAAGUUAAUACAUUCCUGAUGUACCUGAUAGAACAAAUUGAUAUCCAUUUUUUUGGUGGAACUGCCACUACCAGUUUAGUAUCUGCUUUGUACUGUUUGAUUAGAAGUGUAGCUACUAUUGCUGUAUUAUACGGAUUUGCAUGUUUUGCUUUAAAAGAGCCAAAUAAUCCAUCUCAAAACAUAAUGUUUUCUAUUUAUUGUGGUCUUCUAGUAUCUUUAAGUUAUCACCUGAGCCGUAAUGCAAGUGAUCCUACUGUUUUGUGGUCCUUAAUAAAGUGCCAUUUGUGGUCAGAGGAUGCUCCGAAGAAAAGUAAAGAAGAUAAUGGGACUGAGUUAGUAGACCCCUUACCCUUGAAAUUGCAGAAUACUGUGUUAAUUCGAUUGCGCUCAGAUGCCAUCCUGUGCGUUUUUAUUGCGGUACUUGUGUUUGCCAUUCAUGUCAGCACUGUCUUCACUGUUUUCCAGCCAUACUUUCAAAUGGUCCUUCACAUUGCUGUAACUAUUUGGGGAUUCUUACUUCAUUAUAUCAUUCCACAAAUGAGGAAGCAAUUGCCUUGGCUCUGUUUCUCUCAUCCUUUGUUAAAAGCCAAUGAAUAUGACAUUUAUGAAGUUCAAGAUGCUGCAAAGCUGAUGUGGUUUGAGAAAGUACAAGUAUGGAUGUGGUUCAUAGAGAAAAAUGCUCUCUAUCCUUUACUUUUUCUGAGUGCCUUGACUAUAGAUUCAUCUAUCAUCAUUGCUAAAUUUGGAAUUUAUGGUGGUUCUUUAGUUGUGGUAGUGUGCAGUUUCAAGUGCCUGCGCAGUGCCUUUUGUAACUCUUCUCGAUUCUAUUUAGUCCUCAUAUUUAUGACCCUCUUCUUUCAAUUUGACUUCCAUGGAAGCAAGGAACCUUUUUUAGUCAACUUUUUUGUUUCUUCAAUUGUAUUCACAAAGUGUUAUGAGUUUCUUCUAAAAGUAAGAUUCAUUAUAAUCUACAUAGCACCUUGGCAGAUUACAUGGGGAUCUGCUUUCCAUGCAUUUGCUCAGCCAUUCAGUGUGCCUCAUUCUGCAAUGUUGUUUAUACAAGCAGCCAUUUCAUCUGUUUUAUCAACACCUUUAAGUCCAAUUUUAGGCAGUGCAAUAUUUUUCACAUCUUAUGUGCGGCCCAUAAAGUUUUGGGAGAGAGAUUACAAUACAAAAAGAGUUGAUCAUUCAAACACCAGACUGUCAUCACAACUGGAAUGUAAUCCUGGAGCUGAUGACAACAACCUGAAUUCUAUAUUUUAUGAACACCUAACUCGCUCUCUUCAGCAUUCGUUGUACGGUGACAUUGCCCUUGGAAGGUGGGGCUCAGUGGAGCAAGGAGAUUGUUUCGUUUUGGCAUCUUAUAACCUAAACUGUUUGGUUCAUGUCAUUGAAUUGGGGAAUGGAUUAGUAACAUUUCAAGUCAGAGGCUUAGAGUUCAGAGGAACAUACUGCCAACAACGUGAAGUGGAAGCCAUAAGUGAAGGGGUGGAUGAAAAUGAAGGAUGCUGCUGCUGUGAGCCUGGUCACUUGCCCCAUUUACUUUCCGUCAAUGCAGCCUUUAAUCAACGCUGGCUAGCAUGGGAAGUUACUACAGCAAAGUAUGUCGUUGAGGGAUACAGCAUUUCAGAUAACAAUGCUGUAUCUAUGUUGCAAGUUUUUGAUUUACGAAAGGCCCUCAUCACUUAUUAUGUCAAGAGUGUUAUUUACUAUACAAUUUGUAAUGCAAAGCUGGAAGAAUGGCUCCAGUCUGACCACAUCCAGGAAGCCUUGAAGCCUACCCUGGAUAAAAACUAUGCAGAUCUGGAUCCUGUUUUCAACAUGACGGUUGACGAGGACUACGAUUUCAGGGCUUCUGGGGUUUCUAGAAAUAGUUUUUGCAAUGUCUAUAAUAAUUGGAUUCAGUUCUGCAUCAAUAAGAACAAAUUAUCUAUUAAUUCUUCCAAAGAUUCUGCAAUGAUGUCCUUAUGUUUCGGCUUAAGUCUGCUGGCAAGACGCGUUCUGGGCACAGCUUCUCACAAUUCUUUCGCUAGCGUUGAUUAUUUGCUGUAUGGUCUACAUGCAUUAUUCAAGGGUGAUUUUCGCAUUACAUCAGUGAGAGACGAGUGGGUAUUCCAGGACAUGGAUUUACUCAGAAGGGUUAUUGCACCCAGUGUUCGAAUGGCUUUAAAAUUGCACCAAGAUCAUUUCAUGUCUGCUGAUGAAUAUGAAGAACAUGCUGCUUUGUAUGAUGCAAUAAGCUUAUAUGAUAAAACAAUGGUUAUUACUCAUGAAGCUGAUCCUGCUUGGAGAAAUGCUGUUUUAUCUAGUGUUCCUUCACUUUUGGCACUCAGGCACAUUUUUGAAGAUGGUUGUGAUGAGUAUAAGAUCAUCAUGUUGAAUAAAAGAUUUUUGAGCUUUCGUGUUAUCAAGAUAAAUCGGGAAUGUGUGAGAGGUUUAUGGGCCGGCCAGCAACAAGAACUGGUUUACUUACGUAACCGCAAUCCAGAGCGAGGAAGUAUACAGAAUGCAAAACAAGCCCUUCGAAACAUCAUCAAUUCCUCAUGUGAUCAACCCAUUGGUUAUCCCAUCUAUGUUUCACCACUCACUACUUCUUAUGCAGAAACUAGUGAUGUGUUGAGUGGAAUAAUUGGUGGUCCUCUCAGCAUUCGAUUAUUUAAAAACAUCUUAAUAAAUUUUUGGGACAGGUUACGUACAAGGUGCGGUGAAGGGUGUUCCAGUGGAGGUACUGCUAACUGUAGUGAUGAAGGUAUAAUCCGAGAUUCUGGAACAGUCGGACCCGUCUCGGCUGUCGAGGGCGUGCCAAAUCGAGGUCGAGGCAGUCAUUCGAGUGGCCAAAGUGGUUCACGUUCAGGCAGCCAUUCUGGUGAUGCAGCUAGUGAUGUUGCCAGGAGCACUGGCCGUACCAGUGCUACAAGUAGCGUGGGUCGUGGCAGUAAUGUCGGUAGUCUCGGAAGAAGUAGUGCUUCUUUCACUAGAACUAGUUCUGGCAACGUAGCCGCCGCUACGGCCAGCAAGACUUCUUCGACUACUUUAGUUAAUCUCACAGCCUUUCGUCCUUUUAAUGGUGAACUUAGUGACUCUGCAACUUUUGGAAGCAACGGCAUCAAUGCUGUUGCCAAUUCUGACAGUCUGGAUGACCCUCGACCCGUCACCUACACGCUCAUCCCUCCCAGGCAGCUGACAGAAAUUUGUCACGUAUGACUCCAGGGACAGAUUCAGUGGAGUUAUAAAGCACUCAAAUUGGUUACAGUGUGUUAAAUAUGCAGUGCAUAUUUAUUUCUGUGUCGAGAUGCGCUAGACAUCUCGAGCAAGAGGGAACUAGAUCCCCCCCCCCUGAUCUUAUUGACAGGCCAUGACUUCAUAAGGUGCCUUUGUCUUACGUAGUUUCUGAAGACAUUAGAGAGGGAAUUUAUAUCAUGAUUUCAGUUUUAAUACUACAAAGAAAUCUAGUAUUGCCAGUUUGAGAAACAAAAAUUUGAGUAAUACUUUUGUUUUAUUUUGAAUAUUAGAUGUGAAAUAUUAUUACCACUUACAAAAAUCUCACUUUAGCUAAUUGAGAUUUUAUUUAAUAAUUAUUUUAUAAAUGGUGAGAGAUGAUGAUGUGCUCCUCUUGUGCAAAUACUAGUCAUUGGCAGCGAUCUGUAUAUUAUCAAUAACUGGUGAUGUUAUCUUAUGAUGAGCUUAGCACAUUUCUGAGGUUCCUUAAUAGAUGCCAAGACAAUUGUUUUUCUUCCUUAAAAGUUUUUUUUCUUCUUCGCGAUACUACUUCUCUUAUUUCUGAAAUUAAAAAUUAUGGUAUUCGAAGAGCAAAUGUUAAUGUUAGUAUCCUUAAAAAGUUAUGAAUAUGUAAUUGCAGUGGAGUUGUGGAAAUUUCAAAAUGUUACGUAAAGGGGUUUAAAUUAUUAUUAAGUAUGUUUUUC